CUUACGGCAAUGUAUAAAGGGCAGUAACAUAUCAACCCAGUCAGAACCCUACAAAACUUCGGACAUGUUACGACUACUCGCUAUCAUCGUUUGUGUGGCCCUGGCACAGGGAGCGCCAAACAGACACUGUCCAGAUGUGCUCGCUAAGGCUGGGCUCACCACCAAAUACAACGAAACAAUCGCCCACGCUGUCCACUCAAUGACAGUGGAAGCUCUGAAACUCUUUAACCCUAGGGCCACUUCAAACAACAAAGUACCCACCGUCAACCAGGAUCUCAACCAGAGCCAGAAAGUUCUACCAUACGCCCCAGAGGCCCACACCGGAAAUGGGUUCUCCACCAUGACAAUGAACAUAAUUGACGGUAUAUUGUCCACCAUCGGUCACUCCAAUGAUGGACUGGGUCCAAACUGGUCACCAAUUGAACGUGUGGCUCACGUAUUCCACAUGUGGGACUUGUGGCACAAGAUAUACAGCACAGCAUGGCAAGACAUUCAGGCUGACACGCCCUCCCAGGCCACAUGCGACUGUGUCCUUGACGUAGACAAUAAUGGGGUCAAGGCCGCUGUCCAGUGGGUGGCUGACCACUAUGAGAGUGGAACACCCAUCACUCUCCUGAACCGUCCAAUCCCUAAAUUGACUGACGCUCAGACAUGGGGUGUCUGGAAGGAUCGCCUGCUUCACUACUACACACCGGCUGCUCUGAAGGACGCCGCCAUCUAUCUCUACUGUGAAACCCAGCACAUGUAAUGCACGCGCGUGAUGAAUGCAUGUACUAUCGAGAUGAAUGUUGGUGUAAAAGAUGAGUCCGUGUCGAGCAUCAAACAUGAUACAUUUUAUGAAUAAAUUCUAUCAAAUUUAUGAAAAAA